GGUGCAAUGGCAGAGAGGACUAAGCUGGAAGCAUAUUGUGUUUUCUCUUUGGUAAACACUCUCAUCUAUUGCUUUCCAGCUCAUUGGAUCUGGGCAAAGACUGGUAUAUUCAAUCAAAUGGGUGCUGUUGAUAUAGCGGGUGCUGGUGCUGUUCAUUUAGUUGGAGGGAUCACUGGCUUGACGGCGACGUUGAUGUUGAAACCUCGUCGUGGUCGUUUCUCAAGCCCACGCGCAACCAUGGAAAUGAGUAAUCCUACUAAUGCCUUACUUGGAAUGUUCAUGCUGUGGUGGGGAUGGCUUGGUUUCAACUGUGGAUCAACGUUUGGUAUCUCUGGUGGAAAAUGGAAACUUGCAACGAGGUCUGCUAUCGUGACCGUAAUGUCAGGCGUUGGUGGCGGUAUGUUGAGUAUGAUCUGCAGCUACAUACAGCGGCCGAACGGACACAAAUUUGAGCUGGGUUACCUAAUGAAUGGUAUCCUAGGUGGUCUUGUCGCUAUAACAGCUCAAUGUGCUUUAGCACGUCCAUGGGAAGGGUUAUUAAUAGGAGCUAUUGGUGGUUUCAUCGCAGUCUACACACCACCCUUGCUAGAAAAGUUCAGAAUUGACGAUCCUGUAGGGGUAAUAGGGGUCCAUGCUGUAUCUGCAUCAUGGGGUAUCUUAGCAGUUGGUAUGUUCGCUCAGCCAGAUGAUAUCGAGAAUCUUAAUGUGAGAUCAGGGUUAUUCUAUGGUGGUGGAUGGGAGCUUCUUGGUAUACAAGCUUUGAUGCUGGUCACUCUUAUAGUCUGGACCGGUCUGACGUCAUUCAUCCUUCUCUACGCCAUACAAAUCACUAUAGGUCUUCGAUGUUCCGUAGUCGAAGAGAUUCUGGGAGCAGACAUCAUUGAGCACGGUAUUGAUCAAAGCAGUCCCGAGGAUCGCGCAAACAUUCUCCGUGAACUUCACUCGUUGGGGAAAGAAAUCCCGGAAUAUUUACUCUAUAAUUCAUCAGGUCGGAACUGGAGACAGAGUGCGCGAACCCUUCACGUGGGAUCAACGACGGUUUCAAGGGAACUCUGUGACAUCGAGAGGAGAUCGAGUAUCUUUUCGUUAUCAAGCACUGCUGUAGAACGACCAAAAGAAAAUGAAGACAUCAUAUUCCCCAGUCGAAAUCACAUGGAACUUUUUGAGAGCAAUGGCAUAGGACAAACCAUGAAUGGAAAUCUGAGGAGGACUACGAGCAAGAAAUAUCGAGGAAAGAAAAAAUUGAUGCCCCUUAGCAAAGGAAAGAACAGACUACGUUCAAAUGGAUCAAGGCAGAAACCAUUGGAGUUGGAUGUAUCAAGGCUUGAGAUCAGAGAUCGGCAGACGACGGAUGUCAUGGAAACAGUUGUCAUAGAAACCGCGAACAAGCUUUCUUCCUAGCUGCAGUACUUCUUAAAAUCAUCGCAUCAAAGCUUACUUGUUUUUGAACUGAGAAAAUAACACUAAUUUUAUCCAAGAUAUUUCUCAAAGUUCCGCAUCAUCUACUUAAAUAAAAAGCAAUAUGAACACCCUCCUAUACACAUGCGCGGGCGCUAUCAUUCUCUGUUGUUUUUUCUUGUAUUAUUAUUAUUUACAUGGCAUUAUGAAAAUAACACUAAUUACUACACAGUCACGUACAUUUCAUGCUCUUAAGCUUACUCAAUAUGACCUCGUUUAAAACGAAAUUUUGAACGAUUAUGGUUACGUCCUGCAAUAAGGAGGGACGACACCGGGGGUGGGGGGGGGGGCUUACGUUACAGAAAUGCAAAUAAUUUUUGUUUAUUAUGGUGAUUUAUGUGUUAUGAAGUGAAUUCAUAUUGCCCGACAGUAAUGCAAACUUUUAUUUAUUCUAUGUUAUUGCAUAAUUCCGCUUUUGUAUCAGUUGUUAUCACAAAAGUUUUUGCCUAUCCAGUUACGAGAACAAGAUUUGCAACUUGAGCAUGAUGAGUACUAAACGAGGAAAUUCCGCUUGAUAAUAAUCUGCUCAACGAUUACAAAUGGUAGCCUUCCUCGCUUUAACGGUAUACAGUCUACAUGUAGUUGAAAUUAUGUAUGAAUUUGAGAAAUAUUAUGGCAAGCAUUGGCUAGUUUGUCGUAUAUUCUUAUACCACUGGUUAGUACGAGUGAAUUUGAGGACUUUUUACGUAGUUGUACAGAAUACGAAUGAAGAGUUUGUUGUGCAUGAAGUUAAUGUGGUGAUUAAGAAUUAUUUGUGUUUUGGGGUAUAUUACAACACUUAAUUAUGGCGUACAACUGUGAAAAUUCAUCGUUGACUUCAAAGCCUCAAAUUAAAAGAAUAUCAGUAAUUUUCUUAGCAGUUUUAUGUGAUAAUGAAUUAUGAUUAUUGCAACUAAUCAUGUCUGAUCUUUAUCAUUAAACUAGUUCCAUGUCAAUCUAUAAGUUUAUAAAGAUAUAUGUUUAACCUUAAAGGACAAGUGCACCCCAGCAAAAAGUUGAUUUGAAUAAAAAGAGAUAAAUCAAACAAGCACAACAUUGAACAUUUCAUCAAAAUCGGAGGUAAAAUUAGAAAGUUAUGACGUUUUUAAGUUUGGCUUAAUUUCACGAAAUAGUUAUAUACAUACCCCGGUCGGUAUGCAAAUGAGGGAACUGAUGACAUCACUCUCUCACUAUUUCUUUUGUAUUUUAUUAUACAAAAUUAUGAAAUAGGAAAUAUUCUAAUUUUCUCUUCAUUGUCCCUUGAAACAAAGUUUUACUUCGCCCUGAACAUGCGGAAUUGCCAUUGUUUAACAUUUUAUGGUUAAGUCAAGUUGAUCCUUAUUUUCAUAUAUGUAAAAAUUGAAAUAUUUUAUAAUUCAAACAAUAAACAAUAAAAAAAUAGUGAGGGACAUCAUUGAUUCUCUCAUUUGCAUGUAACUUAAUUGUUCAUAUAACUAUUUGUGAAAAAUAAGCAAAAGUUUGAAAUGACAUAACUUUAUUUUACAUCCGAUUUUGAUAAAAUUUCCAGCAUUAUCAUGAUUAUGCUUAUCUUAUUUUUUUUCUAUUUAUUCAAAUCAAUUUUUUUUCUGAGGUGGACGUGACCUUUAAGUCUUGUUAUGUUACGUUCCCAUGCUUGACUGAUGUUCUUAUCAUGGUGCAAUUCAAUAAGCCUGUUCACGGUUGUAAAAUGCGCACGAGCAGAAAAAAGGUCAUUUGAGAUAAACCAUGAAGGUGACUUUCAAAUUCACUGACAUAUAGUCAUUUGUGAUUUGAUGAUUAUUCAUGUAUUCCUUUCAAAAUAUUUAUUUUAUCACAUCCAAGCUGAAGAGUAAUAAAUAGAGCCUCCAUAAUCACUGGUAUUUGACAGUAGCCUAAACAAUAGUCAAAUGUGCCAAAGGCAGACGAUAAAACAGAUUUCCAAACUUUAUCCCUGAUGUACUAUUCUAGUCACCUGGUCUAUACAAUGCCUUUUGUUCUUAUAAUUUGAAUACUCUACCGGUAAAGCUUACGCGACAUCUACAUUUGAAAAUGAUAGUGCUUAUCCUAAUGAAAAAUCACAAAGGUCAUUUGAGAAAAGUUGAUCAUGAGCUAACCGUGAACUGGCUUAUUAAGUGUGUUUUUUCCAUGACAUAUAUAUGUUUUGGGGAUAUGUUUUGCGUUGAAAAAUAUAGUAAUUUUUGUUCGAAUCACUGCAUCAUUUGGUUUGUUCUAUUUAUGGUGCAAUCUAAUUACGUUGUUUUUUGUUUGUUUCUUUGUUUGUUCUUGGAUAUGUUUUGCAUGGGAAAUUUAAAAUGGUAGUCCACUUUCCAUAAUGUAGAUUCAUAUGUAGGUUUCAUAGGAGAAAGGAAACUUGGCAAAGGGAUGCAGGAGAUGGAAGGAUACAGACAGACAGACCGACAGAUAGACGGACAAAGAGGAGAGGAUGGGGGUGUUCUGCAAUUUUCACAAUGAUCACUUCUUGCCUUUACUGUAUAAGGACCAGUUUAAUAUUUUAUAUCAUUUACAUGUUUUAUUUGGAUGUAAGAAUUUGGUGAAAUUCACCGUCUUUUCACAUGUUUGUAUAAAAGGUACAGAUCGAUGUUUCUUCGUUACCUCUCAACUGCGAUUUAUUACGUCUCAAUUGCGAUUUAUGACCUCAGUUGGUAUAUACAUUGUUUUUAGAGAAAUCAUCAUACGUUAUCUGUAUGUUUGUACUAGUAUCUAUGGAAAGGUAAUAUUAUAAAUUGCGUUGCCCGUCCUGUUGCUUUAAAACGUAUACGUGUUCCAAUUAUCCUGACUCGACCUUUAAAGAAAUAAAAAUCACCUUUGCAACCAGUGACAGUCUUUAUAAUAUCAUUCCUCAGCUACACAGGGUCAUACAAGAUUUUGUAUUAUAUAUACACAUGAAACUAAGCUUAACUAUGGAUAGCCAAAAUUACCAUAACUCGUCGAAAGGCUCAUGCCAAUGGUUCUUUAUCAUUCAUAGAAUUUGGACUGGGCAUAUUAAUAGACGCGUGUGUGUUUCGCAUUAUCGGAGCUGCUGGCUUUUCAUACAUGGCAAUAGUCGAUUUGAAUCGGCUGAAAUUAAUCAGAUCGAACGGAUGGUGUCCUAUAAAAUGUAUAAGGUGGAAAACAUGCUAGUAUAUAAUAUUGACUUGCAUAAAGAACCCAAAACAAGCGAGAUCCUUUCUUUCUUUCUCUCCCUCUCUCCUUAUUCUUGUAAUUUUGUACUCUUCACCAUGUUCACUCACUUCCUCGCGUACCUUGCUAGAUUCACGAAAGUGUCUCACAGUGUGUUAACAGUGUGGAACACAAUGUGAAAUCAGCUCCACAUUGUUAAAUGUGUGCAUUUCAACAGUGUGGAUCACAUAUUCACAUAGUCGACAUGUAAACAUACAGUAACGAGGUAUCCACAGUCAUGACAGUGUGAAAAUCUCUUCACACUGUUCAAUUUGAGCGUUUUAACAGUGAAUAAUAUUUUCAUAGUCCACUAUGUGAACACACUGUGAUCACAAUGUGUGGCACUCUUCUACAUUUUGCUGUUUACUAUACGAAAUUUACAGUGAGUUGUUUAUCAGUUUUUACAAGUGCUUUAAAUUUUGAACAAAGUGUGUUUAACAUGUAAUCUUCAAUGAGAUGAUGAUCCACAGCAUUUAUAUUGCGCCAUAUAUCUGUUAAAAACAUUCAUAGGCGCAGGCUCAUCCAAACUGUUAAUCACUACACAUCUGCCGAAAUAAGUGAGUUUUGAGAGACGGUUUAAAUAGUUCUAUGGUGUCAAUUUCAUUUUCAAUAAAUUAAGCAGUUGUUUUAAUU